UGAGGCUCAAGCUCGCCGCUGGGGUCGGAGGUCACGGCGAUCAGCUCCCAGGCCGAAGAAGGAAGAUGGCGGUGGAAUCGCGCGUUACCCAGGAGGAAAUCAAGAAGGAGCCUGAGAAGCCAAUCGAUCGUGAGAAGACGUGCCCGCUGCUGCUGCGGGUCUUCACCACCAACAACGGCCGCCACCACCGCAUGGACGAGUUCUCCCGCGGAAACGUGCCGUCCAGCGAGCUGCAGAUCUACACCUGGAUGGAUGCAACCUUGAAAGAACUGACUAGUUUAGUAAAAGAAGUCUACCCAGAAGCUAGAAAGAAGGGUACACACUUCAAUUUUGCAAUUGUUUUUAUGGAUCUUAAAAGACCUGGCUAUCGAGUGAAGGAGAUUGGCAGCACCAUGUCUGGCAGAAAGGGGACAGACGACUCCAUGACACUUCAGUCGCAGAAGUUCCAGAUAGGCGAUUAUUUAGACAUAGCCAUUACCCCUCCCAACCGAGCACCGCCUCCUUCAGGGCGGAUGAGACCUUACUAAAUCCUGUUUACCUUCUCGAAUUUAUUUUUCAGCCACUUAUGUAAAAUAAGAUACUUAGAUACUUCUUCCUCCCCUGAUUUUUGCCAUUAAGCCUUUAAAUUCUGAAAAAUUGUAACACAUCUAUUUAGGAGUUAGAUUUGGAUGUACUAUAGUAUGAAUAUUAUUAGAAAGUCCACGUUUCAAGCCCUUCUGUAAAAUAUGAAGAAAAGUGCUCUUAGCAUUCCGUGUGAAACUGUAUUGUGAAAUAUAUGUGUGCAAUCAG